UUUCCGAGUUUCGUUCAAAAGGAGGAGACAGAUACAGUAGAUCUUUAUCGCAGUAUUCUCAUUUUAUUUUUUUGAUUGAUUGAUGCCGGACGUGCAAAAAGGCAGUUAAUGUUGGAUUAGGAAAUGGAGCUAUAAAUUCGUUCCAACAAAAACCAGUCCUGAUUUCACGAAGGAGUUAGAGGAACUCCCAUCCCCCGACACACUAGCCCCUCAACCCACUCUCCACUCGCGCACGCAUCCUCCUCCGCUCCCAUGGCGUCCCGCGACCUCGCCGAGAGCCUGCUCCCCGGCGGGGGCGCCUCCGCCUCCGCCUCCGCCUCCUCCUCCCACGACGAGUACGAGGAGCGCGCGUACGACUCGGACGACAAGGUCUCCAUCUCCAUCUCCGACUCGGAGCCCGACGACGACGGCGACCCCGGCGCACCGCGCGGGCGCCCGGCCUUCUCCUGGCGGAAGCUCUGGCGCUUCACGGGGCCGGGCUUCCUCAUGUGCAUCGGCUUCCUCGACCCGGGCAACCUCGAGGGGGACCUGCAGGCGGGCGCCGCCGCCGGGUACCAGCUCCUCUGGCUGCUGCUCUGGGCCACGGUCAUGGGCGCGCUCGUGCAGCUGCUCUCCGCGCGCCUCGGGGUCGUCACCGGGAAGCACCUCGCCGAGCUCUGCCGCGAGGAGUACCCGCCCUGGGCCACGCGCGCGCUUUGGGUCAUGACGGAGCUCGCGCUCGUCGGCGCUGACAUUCAGGAGGUCAUCGGCAGCGCGAUUGCCAUCAAGAUCCUCUCCGGGGGCAUCGUGCCGCUCUGGGGCGGCGUCGUCAUCACCGCCUUCGACUGCUUCAUCUUUCUAUUCCUGGAGAACUAUGGUGUGAGAAAAUUGGAGGCGUUUUUCGGCGUCUUGAUUGCAACCAUGGCUAUAUCAUUUGCGAUCAUGUUUGGUGAAACAAAGCCUAGUGGAAAGGAGCUUCUGAUCGGUUUGGUGGUUCCAAAGCUGAGCUCAAAGACCAUCAAGCAGGCGGUUGGAAUUGUGGGUUGCAUCAUUAUGCCCCAUAAUGUUUUCUUGCACUCAGCGCUAGUGCAGUCCAGGAAGAUUGACACAAAAAAGAAAUCACGCGUUCAAGAAGCAGUGUACUAUUACAACAUUGAGUCGAUUCUUGCUCUCAUCGUCUCUUUCUUUAUUAACAUCUGCGUUACAACGGUAUUCGCUAAAGGAUUUUAUGGAUCCGAUAAAGCUGAUAACAUAGGUCUUGAGAAUGCUGGCCAGUACUUACAGGAGAAAUAUGGAACUGUCCUGUUUCCUGUCCUCUAUAUCUGGGCUAUUGGGUUGUUAGCGUCUGGACAGAGCAGCACGAUCACUGGCACAUAUGCAGGCCAAUUCGUCAUGGGAGGUUUCCUUAAUCUUCGAUUGAAGAAGUGGUUACGAGCAGUGAUCACUCGAAGCUUUGCCAUUAUUCCGACUAUGAUUGUGGCUUUAUUUUUUGACACUGAAGAUCCUACCAUGGACGUUCUGAAUGAGUCGCUCAAUGUUCUUCAGUCCAUUCAGAUUCCAUUUGCACUAAUUCCUCUCAUCACCCUUGUUUCGAGUGAGCAGCUCAUGGGGUCAUUCGUGGUCGGUCCUAUCACCAAAGUGAUAAGUUGGAUUGUCACAAUCUUUCUGAUGCUCAUCAACGGAUACCUCAUACUGUCCUUCUACACCAAUGAAGUGCGGGGCGCAGUCGUUCGUUCAAGCUUGUGCGUCGUGCUGGCUGUUUACCUCGCUUUCAUCAUCUACCUCAUCCUGAGGAACACCACACUGUAUUCCCGCCUUCGCUCAUCAGUCUCAAAGAGCACAUGAGAAAGAGUGUUCGUCAUUUCAUCUCCAUGAUGAAGAAGAUGAAUGGAAGUGGAUAGACAAUAUUGGAAUUGGCAUGGUAUCUUCGUCGCGGAGUCAUUCUUACUAAAGAUAACCUUAUUAAGAGGAAUUGGCAUGGAAGCUCGCAAUGUGUAUUUUGUCACCAUGAGGAGACAAUAAAACAUUUAUUCUUUCAAUGCAAAUUGGCUCGUUCUAUAUGGUCAGUCAUCCAAAUAGCUUCUGGCUUGUAUCCUCCCUGUAGUGUUGCUAAUGUAUUUGGCAACUGGUUACAUGGGAUUGAUCACAGGUUUAGAACUCUUCUCAGGGUUAUCUACAGAUGUACCGGGACUCUUCGUUUAUGGUCCUCUCUACAACGCGUGGAGAAUCGAGGCCUGUUUACGGAGGUGUGUACACGAUUGAAGGCUACGGCAAGGGAUACUUUUACCCAACAUGGGUGGCAGCAUGAUCUAAGGAUUGGCCCCCCUCCAUAUUAGGCGUUAUACGGACUCUACAUGUUUCGUUGUAAUUCGCCUUUCUAUUUUUAUUUUGUGUGAGAGGAUCUUAUUUGGCUGUGUGCAGCUUAGUCAUGCAGAGGCCGGGUGUAAUGCUUAAAUCUUUUAAGUAAUAAAGCGCCCCUUUUC